AUGUCGCCAGUAGAGGAAAUGGGCCGGACGGUCUGGACCUGGAUCAAGACUCUCCGGCCAUCAUUCCUCUCAGAGAACCCCCACUUCAACUUCAUCACUGUACAUUAUUUCAUCAUCAUUGGCAUGUCGAUACUUGGUUCGAUUCUGAUAUAUGCCGGCGGCAAAGGCGACCUUGCCUACAUCGACGCUCUUUUCUUCGCCUCUGGCUCUAACACGCAAGCCGGUCUGAACACGGUCGACGUGAACUUGCUGAACACGUAUCAGCAAAUCGUCAUCUUUCUGUGUUGCAUGGUUACGAACCCGAUCUCCAUAAACUCGGGAGUCGUGUUCCUUCGACUCUAUUGGUUUGAGAAGCGAUUUCAAGGUCUCGUGAAAGAAGCGAGAUCGCGACGGGCAACCAUAACCAAAUCGAGGUCCAAGGCGAAACCUGCAACUGUCGAUGUAGAGAAGGGAGUUGCUGGUAGAAACAUCAGGGUCAUGCAUAACACCGCAACCGCUUCCCGAAUGACCAACGACGGGAUUUUGCUGGAUCAGUAUGACUUGGGCGCAGCAACCGCUCAUCCCGGACUCGAGCAGCUAAACCCCACCCGUCAGGACAUGCCAACCUCGCCUCGAGAUCCCCAGAUCAAAUUCGCGGACCAGGUCAAAAGAAGCGAUGCGGUUGACGAGAAUGCUGAUGGCCUGCCGCUUCCGGGGAAGAGGACGGACGCCGAGCACAUCGCUAUCCUCGAGAGGCAAAGGAAGGAGGACCAGGGCACAUUGCGCAUUCCCGGACCUAGGGAUGUCGAGAGGGGUCUUGUACCCGAGGAACUAGAGGAUGAUGAGUUUGAUGAUGAUGCUAUUGGCCCCAAAGAUCGAAGGCACCGGGAAUCCCACAACGGCCCCCACCAACGUGGUGUUUCGCCCCCGACCCGGAUUUCCUCCAACCCCGACCGGCACCAGACCAUCACCAUCAGUGAACCUCCCCACCCGAAGAGGGCAGAAGUAGCCGAAGACUUCGAGGCCGUCGGUAAGACCUUGUCUGCUCUCAAGUUCCGCAAACCUCGGGGCAGCGGCGAAAAGUUGCACCAAGCCCCUACUGUCGAGGACACGCAUUUCAACCCCCUGCAGCGCAUCAGGACCGCACUGUCCCAUCACAAGUCCAACGAUCCAAUGCCCUAUCUUAGCUGGCAACCGACUCUUGGCCGUAACUCCGAGUUCCUGGAUUUGUCCGAGGAGCAGAGAGAAGAGCUAGGCGGUAUAGAAUAUCGGUCCUUGAAGACCUUGGCUGUUGUCACAACUUUCUAUUACUGGGGCUUCUGGAUAUUCGGCGUCAUAUCCCUCCUGCCCUGGAUCCUAGUCAACAACGACUAUUAUGGCUCAGUUGUCGACAACGCAAGCCAAAAUCGGGUCUGGUGGGCGUUCUUCACCUCGAACUCUGCCUUUAUGGAUCUCGGCUUUACGUUGACCUCGGACAGCAUGAAUUCGUUCAACACGGCCAUUUGGCCACUUCUCCUCAUGUCGUUUCUCAUUAUCAUUGGAAACACAGGGUUCCCCAUCAUGCUACGUUUCUGCAUCUGGUUUACGCAGCUCUUCGUACCUCGUGGCUCGGGACUGUGGGAAGAGUUGCGCUUUCUGCUGGACCAUCCUCGACGUUGCUUCACUCUGCUCUUCCCCUCCACAGCCACCUGGUGGCUCUUCCUCAUUCUCGUUGUCCUCAAUGGAGUCGACUUGAUAUUCUUCAUCAUCUUGGACCUUGGCACCGGUGCUGUAGCCGAGCUGCCACUGAACAUACGUUUCCUCAACGGAUGGUUUCAAGCUGCUUCGACCAGAACUGCUGGUUUCUCCGUUAUCAACUUGUCAACGAUCCACCCAGCCGUCCAGACGUCCUAUCUCAUCAUGAUGUAUAUUUCCGUCUUCCCAAUUGCCAUCUCAGUCCGACGAACCAACGUCUACGAGGAGAAGUCGCUCGGCUUAUACGGUUCCUCCAACGAGGCUGAAGAGCGCGCCGAAGGCGGAUUCUCAUAUGUCGGAGCCCAUUUGCGUCGACAACUAUCUUUCGAUCUGUGGUAUAUCUUCAUUGGCUAUUUCAUUUUGACAAUCUCCGAGGGACCACGUCUCAUGUCGGGCGACAUCUCCAUGUUCGCUGUCCUGUUCGAGGUCGUUAGUGCUUAUGGUACGGUCGGCCUCAGUCUUGGCUACACCGGAGUCAACGCUUCGCUUUGUUCUCAGUUCAGUGUCGUGGGCAAACUGGUGUUGAUUGCCAUGAUGGUCCGUGGUCGCCAUCGUGGUCUACCUUAUGGUUUGGACCGGGCCAUCCUGCUGCCAAGCGAGUCUCUCAACCGUAAGGAGGCUGAGGAGGCUGAGGCUAGACUGCAACGGCGUCAAUCUGCCGUCUCACUCGCGCGUCCCGCCAGCUUGUCCAGAGGACGUAGCCGGAGUGUGGAGCGCAAAAACGUACUCGCACAGUUCUUGCAUCCUGGGCCUGUGUAUCCUGUCAACCCUCUACAUUCACAGUCGAUCUCAAGAGUGGAUACUACCACAAGUGCUCGGCGCGGUUCUUUCCUGAAACCCCACGAGUCAUUACGGCGGACAACCUCAGAACCAGGGACGGACGAAAACGACUCCGACCAUGUGAUACAAAAGCCACGGAGAGCUGAAACCCAGCCAGAUUUCCUACAUUAG